AUGGCACACGAAGAUGAUAGGCCGCUUGAAUGCAUCUACCAGCUGGCGAUCCGCGCAGAGCUCAGCCACAAGGCUGUUCGCGAACGGCAGUAUUCGAUCGGCGGAUGCCUCGCCAGGAGACGAGAAGACAUCGGGAUUGUAGUGGUAAACAAGAACUCGGGCGUUGUAUCGCUCAUGUGGGAACAGGUCUCAGAGCCACAGGACGCCUGA